ACAGAGAUGGGGGGAAGGGCCCCGACAUCCGGGGACCGUGGGCUGGGGUCACGUGGCGCGUACAAAGCUUAAAUGCUUUGCGCCGGUUUUGGCGGCAUGGCUGUGUAAGGCCGGGCGCGGUGCGUCCCACCUCAGGGAGGCCGCCUGCUCGCUUGGUAACCGUGUCCUCUUUCCUCAGCGCUCCCGCCGCCCGGCCCGGUCCCCAUCCUCCCCCAGCGCCGCUCGCUAGACCCCGUCAGCCUGCGUUAGUGGGAAUAACAAAAGCGUCGACACCGCAGGCUGCUCCCGGCCCUGGCACGGAGCCCGCCGCCUGCGGGGCAGCUGACUUGCCACAGUGCGAGUCAGCGACCGCCCCGUAACGCCGGGAGGCGGACAGCCCCGUGCAAGCCCCGCGAGAAGCAGGACUUUGGUUGAAGCAAAGUACCUACAUGGAGCAGCCCACAGUACAGUUUCAGUAUGAGGUGCUGCUGGUGGCUAUGACUGGAGCUGACCCAGGCAGCUUCCUGGCUUGGAGCACAUUUCCAGCCUUCAAUCGCCUCCAGGAAGACCAACUGCGAGUUCCACUCAUCUCGACUAGAGAAGAAGACAAGAAUCAUGAUGGCAAAAUGGACCAAUUACAUUUUAAAUUAGAGCUUCCUCUACAAUCUACAGAACAAGUACUUGCUGUCCAGCUCAUUCUGACUUUCUCCUACCAAUUACAUAGGAUGUCAACAUUUGUGAUGCAGAGCAUGGCUUUUAUCCAGUCGUCCUCCCCUAUUCCAGGGUCCCAGCUUUAUGUGAACGGAGACCUGAAAUUGCACCAAAGGCAGUCACUUAGCCAUUGUGGAGUAGACAUCAGAUACAAUGUAUCUGUGAUCAAUGGCACCAGCCCUUUUGCAAGUGACUACGAUCUCACUAACAUCAUUGCAGCAUAUCAAGAUAGAAAUGUAACAACAGUUCUUUCUGAUUCCAACCCUGUUUGGCUGGUAGGAAGAGCAGCAGAUGCGCCAUUUGUGAUUAAUGCCACUAUCCGUUACCCAGUGGAAGUUAUUUUAUAUCAGCCAGGUUUCUGGGAAAUGAUCAAAUUUGCCUGGAUCCAGUAUUGUAUUAGUUGCUUUCCUUCAGCCAGUAUGGUGAGACUUCGGAUUUCCAGCACCAUUGUUGUAGUUUUCCUUAUGAUUCAGACUGGAUUCUUACUGUUUAUGUAUGCUCGACGUAGCAGCUUCAUGCCUCAGUCUGAAGAGAAACCAUCUCGGGUGCACAUCCUCAUUCUCUCUUCCUGGAGGUCAGGAUCUUCCUUCGUUGGACAACUAUUUAGCCAACACCCUGAUGUCUUCUACCUGAUGGAACCUGCCUGGCAUGUGUGGGUAACAAUGUACCAGAACAGUGCCAAAGUCUUACAUAUGGCUGUUAGAGACCUAGUCAGGUCUGUCUUCAAGUGUGACAUGUCUGUGUUUGAUGCCUACAUGCCUUGGAAGAGAAAUUUGUCCGAUCUGUUCCAAUGGGCAGUGAGUCGGGCACUCUGUUCAGCUCCUGCCUGUGAUUCCUUUCAACGCACUGACAUUACCAAUGAAAUGGCCUGCAAGACCCUUUGUGGCAAGUACCCAUUCAGCAAGGUGGAGGAAGCUUGCAAGACCUAUAGCCACAUUGUCCUCAAAGAAGUCCGGUUCUUUGAUCUGACAGUUCUCUAUCCCCUUCUCACUGACCUCUCCCUGAAUCUCAAAAUCAUUCACUUGGUGCGUGAUCCCAGAGCUGUUGCCAAGUCACGAGAACAAUCAGUAAAAGCCUUAGCUCGUGACAAUGGGAUUGUUUUGAGCACCAAUGGCUCUAAAGUGGAGGACAGCAAAUAUAAAGUAAUGCAGGAAAUUUGUAGAAGUCAUGUCCAGAUUUAUGAAACAGCUACUCAAAAACCUCCAAGAUUUCUAAAAGAUCGCUAUUUGAUGAUCCGUUUUGAAGAUCUGGUACAAGAUCCCUUAUCAGAAAUCAGAGUCAUGUAUAAAUUUGCAGAUCUUAGACUGACCCCCAAACUUGAAAGCUGGAUCUAUAAUAUCACACAUGGCCAGGGACCAGGAAAGAAAAGGGAAGCCUUCAAAAUCACCUCCCGAGAUGCAGUUAAUGUUUCCCAGGCCUGGAGGAAUAUUCUUUCCUUCCAUAAAAUUAAGAAAGUACAAGAAGUCUGCAAAGGUGCUAUAAAUAUGCUUGGCUAUAAACUUCUGGAUUCUGAGAAAGAGCAAAAAGAUUUGUCAUUGGAUUUAGUGGUGCCAAGACGAAGAAACCAGUUCAGUUGGUCAUCAUUCAAUCCGAAAAACUAAGACAUAUUACUUUGAGAGGUUUUUUUUGGAAAUUGUAUCUACUAUGCAAUGUGUAGGUAAUAUGAAAAAAAUUGCUGUCAAAUUUAAUCUAGUCCUAGCUGCUAUUUUUUUCAAGUGAUGUAAGUAUAUUUUUUUCAGUUUCACACACUGGAGAAUGUGAAACAAAUGAGAAAUGCAGCAUGAGAUUUGUCAGUUUGCAGACUUACAGCUGAGGUGAGCUGUUGUGAACACUGCAUCUUGUAAAUAUUAUAAUUUAAUAUGUUAAACUAUAUGUCUUUCAAAUGUGAAUUAAUGGGGAUGGAAAAUGUCUUUAUUUAUUGAGUAAUACUUUAAUUUUUAAACCUUGAUUAAACUCAGGAUAACAUUUGAUUAAACAUUUUAAGGAAAUCUCAACAUCAUCUCAAAAACAAAUGCAUGGAAAUCAGGAUGGCAUAAAUUCUGUCAGCUUUCUGCAUUUUUUUUUUUAGUAUCCCCUGAUUUGUUAUAGUCUUUUGUAUUCUCCCCCCAACACCCUUCCAAGCUAUUUUGCAGCUCUGUGUUUUUGAAAACUUGUCUGAAUCUUUUUGUGUGUUUUAAUUUUCAAUAGUGCAGUUCAUCCUGGGAAAUCCCAGAGAAUUGGGGUUACUUCUAAAAAUGACCUAUCUUUGGGUCAGCUGUGAAAUCCUGAAUUAUUUUGUUAAUAGAUUUACCUGUGCUCUGAUCUGAAUGGCAGAGUUCUCACCAGCUAUUUGAUCAAGGCACUGGAGUAGAGCUUUUUGCGUUGGAGUAUGGAAUUUAAAAGCAGAAAAUAGAAGUAGAAGAUUAGAAUGAGGGAAUCAUCGUGGUAAUAGCCUGUUCAGAAGAACAUAGUCAUAUGCUCUAUAACUCCAUGACCCACACAAUAGGAACAGACCUGCAUCUGCAAUCUGUGUAAUUUUCAGCUUGUUUUAAUCAAAUUCUAGUUGUAAUACUGAAAAGUCAAUUCUUAAUGAAAUUCACCACAGCAAAUAUGUCUGCCUUUGAAGCUUGUGU